AUGCGAAGAUUUUUCGUUGCUGCUCUUUUUGUACUUGUUCCAGUUGCUUUCUGUCACUACAAACAUGAAGACAAGGAUUACAGCUGCCGACGACUGGUAAGUUUUCUAUUUCAAGAUUGUUGUUUAAUUUGAUCCAUAGUCAUCAAAUAGAAAGUCUCUAAAGGAUCAUAGACUGGUUUAUUGGGGUAUCGAAGAGGAGAGCCAUUUUGGUGUCAUUUUUGGUCACUCAAAACUUCUGCACCUCUGAAUUAUCGGAUUUUAAAAACUGAAAUUGUGGGAUGCUCGAAACAGUUCACAUCUUGAGAAUUUCUGAGGCCUUCUAUUCUUAUGAUGAACGGGAAAAUUUUAAAGAAAAAAAAAACUAAAUUUUCAAAAGAAAAGGAAAAGUUCAGGGACAUUCGUCCAAAGGCUACCAUCAGGACAUGAAGUCGCGUUUUGUUGACUUCAAGCGUGGGCUCAAAGUCGGUGACGUCAUCAUCAUCCGGGGAAAGCUCGGACAUGGAGAUGAUCCUAAGUUAAUUUUCGAACUCAUGGUUUAAAAAAUCAAGAGAAAUUGCAGGAGAUUCUUCCUGGACUUCCCCAUCGGACCACUUCGAUACAUAAAGCCCAAGCCGACCACUUUCCCGAGUUCUUUCCAUUUCAGCGCUCAGUUCGACCUCGGCAAGCAGAUUGGCGCUUGGUUUGAUGUGAGUGUACCUUGUACUAAUGAGUUUUCGAAAAAGUUCCAAACAGGUUGAGGGUUAACUUCUUUGCUUAAAUGACAAGAAGUAAUCCAAUUUUGUUUGCCUAAUUAAUAAUUUGAAUCAGGGCAACGACUUCCGCGAUAUCGUCACUGGGGACAAUAUCUUCACAGAAGAUCCUUUCACGAUUGAAAUCGAGUUUGUUAUAGUCGAUGUGCCACGACUUGAAAUUUCAUGGAACGACACUCCGAUGUCCUUGUGGUACUAGUGCGCGCUGUCGCGAAGCGCCUUGCCUUUGCGAAGUUCGGUCGCUCUUUCCAUUUUUUCUUUUUUUUUUUUGAUAUUCUCACUUUUUUGACAAUGUUUUAAUUGUUUUUAUGUGCAAAAAACGGAACUAUUAUUGCUUUUGCACAGAAAAAUAGUCAAAAUUUCAAAUGAAAGAAAAAAUGGAAAGCGCGACCGAAAUUCGCAAAGGCGAGGCGCUUUCACGGCCACAGGGCCACCCAGCGGAGUUUUGUUCCAUGAAAUUUCAAGUCGUGGCACAUCGACUAUAUAAUCCGUCCAUUGUGACUUGACAAUAUCUGCGUCUCUUCUUCCCUCGCGGCGAGGUCAGAGGAACAAGGAAAUAGCAUGUCAACUUGAGAGAGCUGCCGAGAGCCGAGGAGGGCGCAGAGAAGUUCAUGUCGCGAAAAGCGGACUAUACAUCUUUUUUAAUAUGACAAAAGGACUUUGAAGAGUGGAGGAAGACGGUUACAAGAUGAGCAAAGACGGUGAGCUGUUGGGAACUUACCAGACCCUCGAUUAUACCAAAGUAUCUUGCAUUUACCUGGAAAACAUUGAUGUCAAAGAGGAUGAGUGAGUUUUCCUCUGGUGAUAAGAUUGCGAAUGAAUGAUUAAGCGGCUGCCAUGAUGAGCCCCGUUGCGACAGGCUUCGCGGCGAUAAGAUCACCGUCAUUAUUGCCGACGGGCACGUCCAGCACAUCCGUUAGUUUUUCUUUAAUAUUUUAUUUUUCCCUCCGCCUUUGUGCCGCUUUAACACCGCAAGUCGUUUUUUCGGGGUCCUCUCUUUAUAUCAGUGAUAAUCAAUGAUCUGGUUUUAUCUUCGCUAUACAGCGUAUCCGUUUUUUUGUGGGACGGCUUGGGAUUUUGAAGCCGUUUUUUUUCCAGUAACAAAAUUUCUUAAACUUCUUGAUUGGGCAGGGAUCGAACCUACGACCCAGUGAACCGUAGACAGGCACACAACCCGUUGCGCUAUAGCGCGCCGCUAUUUCUUCCAAUCAUAUUACAACGGAGAACAGUUGAAGGAGUCUUGUAUCUUAUUUCUCUGGCAAUAGAAAAGAGAGUGCAGACAUCCUAGAACAAUUUAAAAAGACGUAUGAACGAUUAGAAAAAAGUUGUGAAAAAUAUGAAAAAGUAACUCAUUAAAAAAUCGUUCUACCCUCAAGUGGCCACUCAUUUUAUCUUUACACUUGAUAACUACCUUAUCUAAACUUGAUUUCAGGUGGAAAAUGUCGCUCGUGA